CCGAAAGAAAGACUUCCAUAGGUACAUGAAAAUGAUCUGUCACAUUUUUUUACGCACAUGCGGCUCUUUUCAGUAACUCUUGAGUUCUGGCCUAACAGGGCACCGAUAACCGGUUUUGACAAUUAGCCGACACAACAUAUGUCCGUUGGUUGCCUCGGUGGCCUCAUAUGUAAUGCUAGGGGCAGUGCAUUCAUUCCUGGUGAUUUCAUUGACUGAUCUCCACAUUCAGCCUCAUUAUGUUGGAGUCCAUCCUGGAAAUUAUCUGCUUUCAACACCCCACCCUCAUUUUUCAUAGUUCCACAAAAAUGGCUCGCAGACUGCAGAGCCGCAAUAUUCGGUCAGGUUGUCAUCAGCCAAUCUUUCUUUUAAGGCAGAAAAAGAUGGGCAGCUGGACUUGUGUAUGACCCGACACGUUGAAAAUUGUUUCGAGCACUAGUCACACCAGGUGAAUAUAGCCAGUUGUAGUUACGAUAUUCAAAGUUCGGUAGGCUUGGAUUUUUGUUCGCCAGCCUCGUUUUAAAUUUCAAACUGAUUAGAAGACCGUUUAGGUUUAGUAAGACCGGUGUCCCAAUGCUCCAUUCUUUUUGAGCCUCAAUUUAAUCUACCCCUCAUAUAACUGCUCGUUUCCGGGGACAUUACAACGAGAUGCAUACUAUACUCACUUUCGCACAAUCAUCCACAGUAUCUUUUGUACCAAUGAACCUGUCUAGUUUCUGUGAGAAGUGUGCAGGUCAGUAUCAUAUAUCCUGAUCUCUUACUACUAUUUUGUUUUGAGUUUUUUUUAUUUUUUUAUUCCACUGCCAGUAUUUUCAAGAUACCUUUACUAAUUUAAAAUAUAUAGUUUCGGUCCUUGGAAGGAGCACAAAUGUUGAAUUUGAUUACUCUGCCGUACGAAGUGUUAUCAAACAUUGUUGGGCACAUCGAUUUCGAUGAUGUGUUCAGUCUGGGCUUGACAUGUAAAAGCUUCACGUUUUUCAUAACCGAUGAAAGUCUGGCAAAAUCAAUUAUUCUUGUGAGUGGGAUCCGGUGAUCGUGAAAUUUUCCCUGGCUCCCUCCUAAGGUUAUACGAUGCUGACAAGCUUACCAGAAUAAAAUACCCUUCUCCCCCGAAGCCAUGGAGGCAAAAGACCGCCGUUGUAAAUAUGCAAAAGCAUUACGUUUGGUGGGCAAGAGACGGGAGGCGUUUGCUUCGGUCUCUCCGUAUACGGUGGCAACCCUUGGGUUCUGCGGUGAUUAUCUGUAUUGCAAGGGGGUUCUUUGUUACAGCUUGGAUGACGAAGUAAGAGUCUUAGACCUGCACCGUUCGGAUAACGUGGAGACUGUUGUCAGCAUCUCUGGCCUUCUUAUCAAUGCGGUUUCGGAUAUUCAUGCAAACAGCAAGGGACUAUUCCAGAUUCUGUACUAUUCGGAUCAGAUCGUUUCAUGCAUCUACAAGUCCCUAGGUCCGGACCUACCAGCAUGGCUCAUUGUCUUCAGUUUGGAGGAUGGACAUAUCUUGAUUCCACCAGAAAGGUUGGACUCUGUUGAAAAGCUGUUUGUGCGACAUAAUCAAGACUUUUUGUACUAUGGGACCCAUUCGGAGAUCGAUGCUGAUGGUCACAAAAAAUGGAUGAUCCACGGAUACGACUUUCAGAAUAGGAAAUGGUUUGAUGAGAAGAUUCCUCUGUCGGAAAUGGCAGGUCAUGAUGUGGGAUCAUCAGUGUGCUUCGAAAUACAUGGUGACUCAUUCUACGCUAUCUCCAGUCAGACCUCAUUUGAGUGCGAGGAAAUCGAUUGGACAUCGUUUUACCAUGGUUAUCGAUUUCCGCUCAACUCACCUUGCAGGGAGUUACUCGAAAAGACAAAUGAUGAAGAUAUGUGGCGAAGACAACACCAAGAAGGUCCCAUAGAUGAGAGAUGGAUGUCUAUGCAAUUGGACGUCGAUGAGAGUACUGGUAAGCUGAAAAUUGUCGAAGCUCGAAAAGAAUGGUACCAAGGAUCGAGCAAGAGUCAACGAAAUUACUAUACCACGGAUAUCAUCUUUCCUAAAGACAAACAGGAACAGUAUGAAGAGGAAUCUGGGGACGAAUUUCAAGACGAGGACGCAGAUGCUAUUGAAGAAGCUAUACUCCGCUCACAAUCUGAUGUAGGCAAUCAAAGCUCGCCACAUCCAUCAUCCGUAUUCUCAGCAUCAACAUCUACUUCCAAAGCUACAUCCUCAAGUUCAACUACGGCACCCUCAUAUACGACACUUUUCGACAACACUGGUUUCCCCAAUUCCCAACUACUACUUCUUCGACAAAAAGAAAAUCAGCCUCACUACCUCGAAGCACCUCCGCGCAACCCCCACUGCACGCAUCCAGGCGACAACGGCGCAGCCUGUCCAACAUUUACCAUCGCAAAGACAUGUGUCCGCACAUACUCAAAAAGUAGCAACACGUAUCUAGACCUCGUGGAUGACCCACUCCUCACAGAUUGGAACAGCACACAACGAGUUCGUCUCCGCGCAGGCUCUAGAAAACUAAAGCCCCCUCUUCGAAACAGCGAAGGCUUCCUCUGUGAACCCUCCGGCAACCUCAAUGAAACUAUCAACCAACUCUACCGCGACAAAGGAAUCUCCUUCUGGCCCCGAGUCGAGGAGACCAUCACCGAGGCACAGCUCGAUGAGCUUUACACGUUACUCAAUCCACCCACUUUCCUCGGCAACGUCCAGGGAACGUGUGAUGAGAGGAGUCUCGUCUAUGUCACUGGGGAGAAGGGCAAGCCUCAGGCGUUGAUAUUUGUGGGGUUCGAUGCGGGGAUGAGGCUUAAGGGACUGAGGAGGUGGGGACGGGUGGAUAAGAAGACGAAGGGCGUUGGAGAGGGUCCUCAUAUUGAUGGGAGGGCUACGGGAGGAGUCUCAAUGUGUGAGACGGGGCAAUAUUCUGACCUUGUGCCAAACAAAUACGUGGACCCCUAUGAGAAAGGGAGGACGGUGGGGAUUGAGAGGAAGGGGGAGGGGAGGGAGGUUGUGCAUGCUGGUACCGCGGUGCAGUUUUCCGGUCCUCCCUAUUUCAAUUGCGGGACUGCUUCGGGCUUUGGAUCUCAAUGUGCAGAUGGAGAUGCACAGGAUUGUGUUCUGGGUGGACAUGCAGCAGGCGAUACGAAGAGUGCAUUCACCAAAGCAGGGCGUAUGGGAAAGUUGAUCAGGAGGGUACCGGCUAUGUAUUUGGCACUUACUAAUUUGGGUUAUAACUUUGGGAGGGCUCAGAAGGAUGGAUUGGUGGAUUAAUUGGUUGAGUAGAUACUGGAUGGGUUGGGUAUAGUAUAUACGUGGGCUUUCAUUUAGUGUCUUCUUCUAUUGUCUUUCCUGGGUGGCAUUGUGUUUUGUUGUUCCAUGCUCAUUGCAUUCCCAUUUUUUGGUCCUUCAUAACAAGGCUAGCAUGGGUCCUUUUUAAUACUGCUUAGAUUCUCCCUUGCAUUUAACAAUCUUCUGGGUUUCAAGGC